AUGGGUGUCCCAGCCUUCUAUCGAUGGCUGGCGGAGAAGUAUCCGAUGGUGGUUGUGGACGCAAUUGAAGAGGAACCGGUCGUCAUUGACGGCAUUAAAAUCCCGGUCGAUACGAGCGAGAAGAACCCUAACAAUAUCGAAUACGAUAACCUCUACCUCGAUAUGAACGGCAUCAUUCAUCCGUGCUUUCACCCCGAGGAUAGGCCUUCUCCGACGUCGUUUGAUGAGGUUUUUGAGUGCAUGUUCGACUACAUCGACAGGUUAUUCGUCAUGGUGCGGCCACGGAAGCUACUCUACAUGGCUAUUGACGGUGUUGCGCCGAGAGCGAAAAUGAACCAACAACGUUCUAGGAGGUUUAGGGCUGCGAAAGAUGCAGCUGAUGCGGCUGCUGAAGAAGCAAGGUUAAGGGAGGAAUUUGAGAAUGAGGGCAGAAAGCUUCCUCCUAAAGAAGAGUCACAGACUUUUGAUUCAAAUGUCAUUACUCCUGGAACUGAAUUUAUGGCUGUUUUGUCAAUUGCACUUCAGUACUAUGUUCAUCUUAGGCUGAACAAUGACCCUGGUUGGCAAAAUAUUAAGGUUAUUCUCUCUGAUGCAAAUGUUCCCGGUGAAGGGGAGCAUAAGAUCAUGUCCUAUAUCCGUCUGCAGAGAAAUCUUAAAGGUUAUGAUCCAAAUACACGACAUUGCCUGUGUGGUUUGGAUGCUGAUUUGAUAAUGUUGGCAUUGGCUACCCAUGAAAUUCAUUUUUCAAUUCUUAGAGAGAUUGUAUUUACUCCUGGACAAGACAAAUGCUUCCUUUGUGGUCAGAUGGGUCAUGUUGCUGCAAACUGUGAAGGAAAGGCAAAAAGGAAGUCAGGAGAGUUUGAUGAAAAAGGAGAGCCUAUUGUGGCAAAAAAACCCUACCAGUUCCUGAAUAUUUGGACUCUGAGAGAAUAUCUGGAGUAUGAGAUGCGAAUACCUAAUCCUCCAUUCAAAAUUGAUUUUGAAUGCAUUGUGGAUGAUUUUAUCUUCAUGUGUUUUUUUGUCGGCAAUGAUUUCCUUCCUCAUAUGCCUACACUAGAGAUUCGCGAGGGUGCAAUUAACUUGUUGAUAGCUGUAUACAAGAAGGAGUUUAGGGAAUUUGGUGGUUAUUUAACCGAUGGAAGCAUGAUAAAUUUGAGCAGAGUGGAGCACUUCAUUCAGGCUAUUGGAUCUUACGAAGAUAAAAUAUUCCAGAAAAGGGCUCGAUUGCAUCAGCGGCAAACGGAAAGAAUAAAGCGCGAAAAGACACAGGCAAGAAGGGGAGAUGAUGCUGAACCUCAAUUUGAACCAGACUCUUUAGUUGCAGUUUCACGAUUCCAUGGUUCUCGUCUUGCUUUGGCUCCAACACCUUCACCAUUUCAACAAUCUGGGCAUUAUAAUUCUCAAAUGUCCUCAUCAGUUAGAGAAGACAACAAAGAAGCCUUUGAGAGGCCUCGUAAAGUUGCUAGGGUAUCUUUAGGAGCAACUAUUGGUGCUGCUAUAGUUGAAGCCGAGAAUAGUCUUGAGAUAGAAGUUCGUGAUAAUAAAGAUGAAUUGAAAACAAAAUUGAAGGAUAUACUUCGUGAGAAAUCUGAUGUUUUCAACUCAAAUAAAGCUGAGGAGGACAAGUUACCUAUAUUGGUCAAAACUCACCCCUUAUGGGUUUGGGAGAUUGGACGGUACAGUUCCAUUCAUGAUUUGGAAAAUAAAUCUUUUGUUUCACGAUAUGACUUUCAAUUUGUCAACCAUUGGAAUGGUUGGAGUUGUUGCGAUAUAAAGUUGGGAGAGCCGGGCUGGAAAGAGAGGUAUUAUGAGGAAAAGUUUUCUGCUAAAACUCCUGAGGAACUUGAAGCUAUAAGGAAAGAUGUUGUCUUGAAAUACACUGAAGGCCUAUGUUGGGUGAUGCACUAUUAUUAUGAAGGUGUUUGUUCUUGGAAUUGGUUUUAUCCUUAUCACUAUGCCCCCUUUGCAUCUGAUCUCAAGGGCCUUGGUGAACUUGAUAUUAGCUUUAAGCUUGGUAACCCAUUCAAACCAUUUGACCAGCUUUUAGGAGUCUUUCCUGCUGCAAGCUCUCAUGCACUUCCCGAGCCAUAUAGGAGACUUAUGACAGAUCCAAACUCACCAAUCAUUGAUUUUUAUCCAAUUGACUUUGAAGUGGACAUGAAUGGCAAACGCUUUGCUUGGCAGGGUAUUGCUAAGUUGCCUUUUAUUGAUGAAGUGCGUCUUCUUGCAGAAGUUCAAAGUAUUGAAAACUUUUUAACACCUGAGGAAAAGCGACGGAAUGCUAUAAUGUUUGACUUGCUCUUUGUGAAUUCUUGUCAUCCUCUCUCUUCAUGCAUAAGUAUACUAGACAACAAGUGUAAAAACAUGUCAGACAGGGAGCGGGCUGUUGUCAAGGAAAAAAUCAGCCCCAAAGAAAGUACGCGAUUUGUUGCAUCUGGUGGCCACUAUUUAUGGUCAUGA